AUGGCACCUUCAACCAUAAACGAAACACAUGCUAGCAAUAAUGGACAGGUCAAACAAAAUGGAGUCAAAAAUAAGCAGCACAUACUCAAUCAAAAUAAACCAACAAUAGACAGCAUGCAACUUGAAAAUUUAUUACUUAGAGAUGAAGAAAUAUUUCAAACGUCAUUAAACUCGGAUGACUACUUGGACAGUCUUGCUCCAAUUAUAAAAAAUGCUGUCAAAUCAAAUGGUUUGUCAGACUUAAUACUAAAAUUGAAUGAAAUUGUGAAGUCAAAAGAUGAAGAAUUGAAUCAACAAUCCAUGGAAUCAAUGGACGAAAUUAAUCUUUGCAUGAGCCAUAUAUCUAACAUUCACAAAGAUGCGGAAAAUUUAAGGAAUCAUUUAGCGUUAGUAAGUCAAACAUUUAACAAGUCAUCAAUUGAAUUAAUGUCAAGAAAGAAAAAUUAUAUCAAGUACAAAGAUGUUUGUAAUAGAAUAAGCGAAACUCAAGUUGUGUUGAACGAAUGUAUACAAGUUUUGGAACUAAUGAAUCGAAUCUUGGAUUUAAUUAAGCAAACAAAGUAUUUUCUGGCAUUAAAAUUAAUUGAUGAAAUCGUCAAUAUUCACAUUCAAAAAGUUAACGAAUUCAGUUUUGCUAAAAAAAUUAUUAGCUCCAUACCUCAUUUGACCAAAAUGGUAAAAGAUGAUGCAUUUGAAAAUCUAACAAAAUGGUUGUCCUUAAAUCUUGAAAGGAAACUUCAUACGGUGGGGAACAAUUUGUAUGAUAACUUAUUCUUUUUGCAAGAAACUUGGGAUCAAAUAAAAAGAAAAAACUUAACUUACCUACCAUACAAAUUGAAUUCACCAGUUGAGUUGAGUCUACGAGAUCCGGAAUCAAAUUAUGAUAUAUUCGAAGAUGAAACUCUACAAAUACCAUUAAAUAGUGUUUAUGACGCUAUUUUGGUAUAUCGAACGUUGAAUGAAUUAGAUAACUUGAAACAUAUAUAUAAUAAGGAAUUCAUGAAGAAAUAUACUAGAAUAAUAUACCCAUUAACGUCGGCCUCAGCUAAUAUAAAGGAAAUAAAAUUUGACGAAAAAGAACUUGAUGAAUAUUUACGAAAGAUAAGUGCAUUUUUUGUGAUGGAUAAGCAAUUAAAUCUACUUACAAAAUUUCAAUUACGUACAAAUACUCAAGCUGAUGAAUUAUGGAAAUCAUAUGUAUCGAAACUUAAACCAAUAUUGCUUUACAAUUUAAGGAACAACGAUUUUUAUGAUUUAAGUGACUUGAGUAAUUUCAAAAAUAUAAUUGGUGAUUUUUUGCAAAUUAUGGAUUCAAACGAAUAUGACAUAUCCGACUUGUACGAAGUAAUGAUGGUGAUACUCAAAAAUCAUUUUGCACCUUUAUUGGUACAAGAUUUCAGAAAAAAAUAUUUGGUUUCAAUGCAGAAAGAGUUAUACACAACUUUAACCGUAUAUGAAGAUACUUAUACCCCUAUCAUGAAAACAAUUUUUUACAGAAAAGAUGAACCAUUCGCACCCAAUAAUAUUAAAACAUUUCCAGUACAUUUCCCAUUUAGCGAAGACUAUGUUGCAUUUUGUAAAUACUUACGACAAAUCAUAAAUUCAUGUAUAAACUUUAUCAGAGACUACUAUAAUUAUGAAAUCAAUGAAAUAAAUAACAUUAUAGUCUAUGAUAUAAUCGAAACAUUUCUUAGUGAUAAAAAAGGUUAUGGUAUAGCAGGAGAAAUUGAAGAAUUCAUAUCAAAAAAUGCAAAUAAUCAAGAAGUAAUAUCACAAAGUUUUGUAAAUCUUCAAUACUAUUUAUCAAGUUUGUAUGAAACUGGUCCCUUGAUAAAUUCAAAAUUGAGACAAAAUACAGGUAUGGGAAUUCACAAUAUAGAUCACAGUAACACAUUCACCUUGAAAGCUGUUGAAUCUUUCAUUAAAUUAAAAAAAUUCUCAGAGGACAUGGUGUAUACUAUGGUGGAUAAUAAAAUAAAAGGAUUAUUAGAAAUGGUUGAGUAUGAUGAUUAUUUACCUACAACGAAAAACGUCGAGGCAAAUUUCAACAUAAAAGAUUUUGCAAUGUUUUUGGAAAAUUUGUUUACUUCAAUUUUUCAAAAUUUACCAUCACAAUUGAGAACAUUGGGAUUAUUUCGUACAUAUGAUUUCAUUUCACAACAAUUUUUAAAUUUACUUAAAGAUUCAAGAGAAUUUAAUCAAAUAUUCAUACAUAAUUUUGAUCUUGAUAUUAAAUAUCUUGAGCAAUCGAUGCAAAAACUAAGUCAUAACGACCAAGAACAAGCUGUGGAUGAUACUUCAGGUAAUGUGGCUAUUGAAUCAACGUUUUCAGAAUUAAGACAAAGUAUAAAUUUAUUGAGUAAUUCUAGUCAAUUUGAUGAAUUUUUACAAAAUAAUCAAUUUAGAAUGAGACAGUUUCCUGCGUUAAAGUUUGAAGAUGGUAAGCUUUUGAUAAGUAAAAUGAAAGGCACAAGAAUAAUAAGUGCUGGUAGUGGGAUAAAUAGAAGCUUUGAAAGUAACGGGAGUAGUAAUCGAUUAGACUCAAGUAGAUAA